GAAAAUUCAUCACAAAAAGUUUAAAAAAAAUUCAUUAAAAACGUUUUUUGUUGAAGAAAGUUCUUUAGAUUAAAGACAAUCGUCGCAAUUUGAAGGUCAGGCUACAUAAAAGAAGAUUAAUUAAACAAUUGACGUGUGUGUGCAGAAGAAGAAAAGAAGCUAUUCGUAACUGAAAGAGCGUCUUUUUGGUCAAAAAUAAUCGUUUGAUAAAAUUCAAAUCUAAAAAAAUCCAGUUAAAAAAACUCACAGAAACUAAUAAUGACGGAAUCAAUUAAAUUCGGUCCAGAAUGGCUUCGCAAUAGCGUUGCCAAUGUUAUAACACCACCGCAACAGCAAAAUCAACAGCAUCAACAGCCACAAUCACCAUCUUCGGAUAGUAUCAUAAGUCGUCCCGUACUAUCCGAUCAUCGUUAUGGGCGCGAAGAAAUGUUGAGUCUGUGCGAUAAAACGGCACGUUUGCCUGAAGCUCUGCCAAGAUUUCGACGUCUAUUCGUUGCUGAUUGGCAAAUGCCUUUAGCAUUACAGCCAAAUAAUGAUGAUGAACAGAUUGGAUCACGUGGACUGGGCGGAACGGGUACACCACCAUGGGGUGGUACUCACAUUCGUCCUUUGAUGCCAGCAAUGGGUGGUCGUGGGACAGGGAUCAUACGAGGUGGUGCUAUAGAAAGAGGACGUGGUAGAGGACGAGGUCUAUAUCAUGGCACUGGCUACACACGAUCAACGUCACUUUACGAUGAGGAGGGAAGACGAUGGUUAGAUCGUAAUGGUACGGAAGGUACGACUGAAUGGAGUGGUGGUAAUGCUGUAAGUCCUCGUAAGGAAGGAUUCUCAAGGAAUUCUCUUGAGAGUUGGAGGAAAGGAACGAGAGAGGAGAAUGAAGAAGGUUGGAGGAGUAAUAGUAAUGGAACUACGGCAUCGACUGGACAACCGGCACGGGAUAAAUGGACACGAUCAACUAGCUGGCGAGACGGAACAAACGACAAUGGUCUAUCAAAUGAUAUUGAUCGAGCGAAUGGUCCGUCGCAACCAUCAAAUCAUCAAAAUUCAUCGUCACCAAACAGCGGUGAGAGUGGGGGUGGUGGAAAUGGAACAAUGGUCAAUUCUUCAAUGGCUCCAACAAAACCGCAAGCGUCUUACAAAAAGUCAUGGGAUGAUGACAGUAAUCUACCGGAGUGGGCAACAGAAUCCUUUGAUUAUGGCGGGACGUUUGACGCGACAGGUGCAUUUCAUGAUAGUGAGCGGGUUAGUCAUGAGGACGAUAAAAUCAACGAGAAUAUACAGAAGGCUAUUAACAUGAAAAAGCAACAACAGUUGCAACAACAGCAAUUGCAACAACAACAAUUACAGCAACAGCAACUACAACAGCAGCAACUAGUUGAACCACCAGCGAUAGAAGAACCGACCAAACUAGAGGAGUCGCCUCCACCGCCAUCGAAAUUUAUGGACUUCCUAAAAGAAGAGUCAACGAAACUGAAGGACGAAAUUCAAAUUGUAGCACCCGAACCGUCAUCAUUACCACCACCAUCAAUUCCAAGUAAUAAUAGCAAUCCUUCGUCAGCGCCUAUCGCUCAAAUGGACAAAAUGGUUGAAAACUUUGUGGCACAUUUAAUUAUGGACGAUGAUACGAGUAGUGGAAGUGCAGCUGUAAAACAGCCGCUUGCACCACAAAUUGAAUGGUUUUAUCGUGAUCCGCAGGGUGAUACUCAAGGUCCAUUUUCAUCGAAUGAUAUGUCUGAAUGGUACAAAGCUGGCUACUUCCAGGAAUCACUUAUGGUAAGACGAUCUCUUGACACAACAUUCGUGCCACUAGGACAUCUUGUAAAAAUUUUCGGUGUGUCAAGGCCAUUCAUAUCAGCAUCACUUGAUGGCGGUCCACCAAUUCCACCUGUCAUUCAUCCCGAAAUUAUUGAUCCAUUUAGGAUGCAACGGAUGAUGACACAACCGACACCUCCAUUGCCAACUCCACAACCGACACCCGAUGUAAAUAAUUGGAGUAUGAUGACAACCGAACAGCGAAUGUUUCUCAUGCAAUUGGCCCAUCAGCGACCUCCACAAGCGCCACAAAUUGAUCCAUUUAAUGUUAUGAAGCCACCACCUCAGCCACAAGCACCACCACAACAACCGCAACAAUCACAACAGCAACAGUCAACGCCUUUAGAUUUGAGACGUUUGAUGAGCGGAAAUGAUUUCUUUCAAACAACAGCACCGCCACCCGUAGUGCCACAAACGACACAAAAUGAACCCGAUCCUAUACAGCAACUGAUUAUGCAAUUGCAAAUGCAACAAAAGACUGGCGGCGAUGCCGCACAACAAUGGAUUAAAUCAUCACAACAGCAACAACAACAACAGCAGCAGCAACAGAAUCAAUCACAACAACCAAAUGUCAUGAUGUCUGGAGUGAAUAAUGGUAAUGGUUCGUUAGAUUUGAGCUCACUGACUGCCAUGCAAGGCGGACAAUCUUCAGUUGGAAGUCAGCAGCAAGUGAAUCAACAAGGACCGUCGAGUGUUGGGAAUUCGAUGGUCCAGAACACGUCGUCAACCCAUUGGAAUGCAACGCCACUUCCCAUUUGGGAGAUGACAGGUUCAGCUCAAAAGGAACAAAAUCAGCAGUCACUUCAACAACAACAAACGUUGCAAGAAAUUCAGCAACAAAUGCGUCAACAUCAACAACAUCAGCAACAACAUCAUCUCCAACAACAGCAACAACUUCAACAACAGCAUCAAAAUCAAUCGGAACCUGAUAUUUUACAAAAUGGUCUCAUGGACGAUCCAUCGAAUCAAAUGCAAAUGCAAAAAGUGGAGUCAAAGAAGAAGAAAAAGGAAUCGCUCACUGGAAAGGAGCAUCAACAGCAGCUGCUUCAACAAUUGCAGAAUGCACAAUUAAAGGAGCAACAGGCAAAAGAGAAGCAGAAGCAAAAGGAUGCAGAAAAGCAAAAGAAAGCAAAUGAGAAGCAAAAGAAGGAAGAAAAAACAACUCAGCCAGCAGCACCGGCUCCAUGGGUUGGUAUGCAAAAUAUUAGUGGAACAAGUCUCUCAAAGAUUCAAAAGACCGAAGCUCAACGCCGUCAGCAUGAAAUUGCAGCCCAAAAAGAGCGUGAACAUCAGAAAAUCGAAAUUUUAUCAAAAAUGGAAAUUCGCGAUGUCAAGUGGAACUUGCAAAUGCCGCCGGCGGCACAGGUUAAGUCACUCGACGAAAUUCAAGCUGAGGAACAAAAUGCUUUAGUACGCGAAGCAGCAAUCGCGAAACGUGAAAAGAAGGAAAUUGUUCAGGUUGUUGGGGAUAUUUGGAAUUCAGGUGCUCACUCGAUGGCCUGGCAACAGCCAAAGACAUGGAGCGGUGCACAAAGCAAUGCUGGAUUCUGGGAGGAACCAACAAAACCAGCUGUAGUCCCUAUGAAACAGCCACAAAUGCUCAGCAAAAGUCAAACAAUGGCGACAAUAACUACUGCUAAAAAGCAACAGCAACAGCAGCAACAACAAAUGAUUCAACAACCACAACAACAACAGCAAAUGAUGCAGCAGCAGCAACAGCAACAACAACAAAAGAAAAUUGAAAGAAAUGAUAAAAGGACUGUUAAGGUUGAGAAGAAGAAGGAUGAUAAUAAUAAUGAAUUCACUAUGUGGUGUACACGUACGUUGAGUGCUAUGAAUGGAAAUGUUGAUGUUCCAACAUUUGUGAGCUUCCUUCAAGAUAUUGAAUCGCCAUUUGAAGUAAAGGAUUACAUCAAAAUGUACUUAGGUGAAGCUAAAGAAUGUUCAGAAUUUGCAAAACAAUUUCUCGAGCGCCGCAGCAAGCAACGCAUGCAACAACGUCUGCAAAAUGCUCAUAUCGAUGACAUGUGCAGCCCAGCUCCGGCUAUCAAUCCUCAGGCCAACAAUGACUUCCAAGAAGUCAAAGGCAAGAACAAGAAAGUAAAGUCGAAGAAAGUUAUGAAAGCUGUUGACAAUCGUAUCUUGGGCUUCACAGCAACAAGUGCACCCGACCGAAUCAACGUCGGUGAUCGUGAUUAUGGUGAUGUCUAAAAAUCAUCUUGUCAAAUUUCUUUUUUUUUGCCUAGCAAAAUUCUCAA